AUGAUUUUCAAAAACAUCAUCACUGCCCUUGGGCUUCUUGGACCUGUGCAUGCAGGUCUAUUGCGCUUUGGCUGUGCACAGCUGACGGUCCAGCGACUUGACCCCUUGGUCAAUCCUGGAUCUAACCCAUCACCGCAUCUGCACCAGAUCAUCGGCGGCAACUCUUUCAACAUAACCAUGGAUCCAGCAAAAGGACAUGACCUGGCGAAGUCGACCUGUACAAGCUGCGAAUUUAGUGAAGACUUUAGCAACUACUGGACCGCAGUCGUCUAUUUCCGCGCCAAAAACGGAACCUACAAGCGCGUCCCCCAACGCGCUCAACAGGGUUUCGAGGGCACGGUCGGCGGUAUGGUGGUGUACUACAUGACUGACGCCCUCUUCAGCACGACGCAAUCGUCCAAAGUCACAGCCUUCAAGCCCGGAUUCCGUAUGCUCAUCGGUGACGUCAACGGCAAGAACCGUGAAGAUGCACGGGCGUUCCGUCAGUUGACGUACAUUUGCAUGCAAAACGAGGGGACGCGUGAGCCCGAGACACUGGAGUUUCCGAAGCAAGCGUGUCCGAUGGGCAUCAUGAUCAACCAUCGAUUCCCCACUUGUUGGGACGGUGUCAAUCUCGACUCUCCCAACCACAGCGAACAUGUGGCCUAUCCCGCAACGGGCACCUUUGAAAACGGGGGCGCAUGCCCGUCUACACACCCUGUUCGGCUCCCGCAGAUUCUCCUGGAAACGGUGUGGGAUACCAGGGCGUUCAACAACAAAGCCGACUGGCCGAGUGAUGGGAGCCAGCCGUUUGUGUGGAGUAGUGGGGAUAGGACGGGCUACGGUACCCAUGCGGACUAUGUGUUUGGAUGGAAAGAUGAUAGCUUGCAGAAGGCAAUGGAUGGGAACAAUUAUGUUAGCGCGCCGACGUUGAAGAAGCAGAAUAUUGCAACGCAGAACAAGUGUACGGUCAAGGACAUGGUGGGAGAGGAGUUUGAUGGGUGGUUGACGGCGUUGCCAGGGGGUAUGGUGACUUGA